AUGGAGGACUACUCCCAACUAUGCCGUAACAUCAUCCAGGAUGUCUAUGGUUCUUUGCUUGCCCGCAUCUUCCAGAUCCUCUCCCAACGAGGUCGCCUUUCUGCACCACAAAUCGCCCAGAGAUGUCGACUGCCUCUACGUCAAAUAAAAUCUGCACUGGCUACUUCAAUUCAGCUCCGAUUGAUUUAUCACCAUACUAAUCCGGAUGGUCUAUCGACCUAUCAGGCCAACCAUAAGAACGCCUAUAUGCUAUUGAGAUCAGGUCGUCUGAUUGAACUCGCUCGAGAUACUGGAGGUCCUUCAGCUGCAUAUAUAUUGAGGGAAUUGACUGUGUUGGGUUACGCAACUGUACGAGAACUCAAAGCUCGAACCUGUGGUGAUGACAGCCCGGGACAUAUUGAGAUUCACUCACAGCAAGUGAAUGGUGAUCGGCACGACUCGACAACCCUGGAUUCGGGUCACAUGAGCCAUUCCAAUUUUGAAAACAGCAUAGCACAUCUCAUCGACAACGGCUACAUUACCAAACUCCGGGAUGCACAUUUCCGGUCGACCUUUGACGCAUGGCAGGAAGUUGAACGCCAGAUGAACAACAAUGACGGAGGUGGUUCUGCAGCCAAGACAAAGAAGGCACAAAUCGACCAAGAUGCAAGAGUCCUUGAAGAACUUGAGGCUCGAUUGAUUGACGAGGUUUCUGCAGAUAACGUCUUGCGGGAGCUUUCAGCGAACCAAGGCUCCAAGCAGAGUAUCCUUUGUGCCAACUACUCUAGCUUGACAUAUGCCUUGCGUAACCGAUCGCUUGCGAAGGCGGCAGAAAAGACAUUUGGCCGCUUGACUUCCAAGGUCGCCAAAGCAGCAGCUAUGCAGGUUGAUCUGCACCUCAACUCUGUGAGCACACCUUCACCGAAUGAUGGUCCCGAAAAACCAAAGGCCCUGGACAUCGAUCAAAUAGUGGAAGACAUGCGCGCCGAUGACGCUCACUCGCUUCGUGAGACGAAGCCAAGCACAAAUGGAUGGUCUGAGGACAGACCUAUCAAUGGUGCCCAUGCCUCUCUGAAUGGCACGCAUGAUCGGUCGGAUGUCAUUCGUCAUCUUUCAAUCUUAGCUGAAGGACCAUUCUCUUUCUUCGAAUACAAUCACAUCAUAGACACUUGGUUUGUCCACCAACGAGCGUUGUAUGCCUAUCUCCGCAACCUGGAGCUUAUGCGCCUGAUGGCUGAAGGCCUAUCUUUCAGCGAUCCGAAGUUGAGGAUUGUGCGGAUGUUGAGUGACAAGGGUAAAUUGGACGAAAAAAAUCUGCAGGAGCUCGGUCUGCUCAAUGCCAAGGAACUUCGACAAAGCCUAGCCUCUUUACAUACGGCAGGUCUCUUGGAACUGCAGGAAGUUCCAAGAGAACCGCAACGACAGCCAAAUCGGACAAUAUUCCUCUGGUUCUAUGAUGCUGAGCGGGUGCGAAAGCUGUAUCUCAACAAGCUCUACAAAACCAUGUCAAGAUUGUUUCAGCGGUUGGAGGUCGAACGAUGCCGCCUCGCCACAACCUUGACUAAAAUUGAGAGGACUGAUGUUCAAGGGAUAGAAGAGGAUAUUCUAUCCGCCGCUGAAUUGAAAGUCUUGAGUCAGUGGCGACAACGGGAAGCAUGGUUCAUGGCAGAGAUCAGCCGAAUCGAUGACUCUGUCUCCAUCUUGCGAGACUUACAGGCCGCGUGA